AUGGGUGCAGCGGCGCCGCCGCUGCCGGCCGCCGUGGCGAGGAUCGCCGUGGCCCAGAUCUGCCAUUCCGUCGGCUACGACGCCGCUGACACCUCCGCUCUCCGUGUCCUUUCCGACGUCGCCGCCCGGUACGUCCUCGCCGUGGGCCGCGCCGCCGCCUCCGCCUCCAACUCCCGUGGCUGCACGAACGCCAACCUGCUCGACGUCGUAGUUGCCCUCGAGGAGGUGUCGCUGUCGCGUGGAUUCCCCGGCGCCGCCAGGCCCGGUGCCCGCCUGCUCAGGUCUUCGGCGGGGCCCCUGAAGGGGCUUAUGGACUUCGUUGCCUCCGUCGACGAGAUCCCCUUCGCGAGGCCGAUUCGACGGUGGAGGGGAGGGGGCGCUCCGCCGGAGGCUUCCCUCACCUUCGCGCAGUUGCGGCUUGAGCCGCCGUCUACGCACGUCCCGAGGUGGCUGCCUAGGUUUCCGGACGAGUGGGACGGCCGACAGGGUCGGAAGGCGGGAAAGAGUACGUUGUUGGGAUGGGCAGCCGAGGAGACGACGCCAUCUCCACCGGUCACCGAGAAUUCUGCGACGAGGAAGGCACCGCUUUCGGCUGAGCGGGCGAGGGUGAGCUUUGUAUUCGGCUCGAGCGCCGGCAGAGGAUGGAAGAAGACGAAGAUGGGCCCCUCUUCUUCCACCAGAAAGACGACGCUUGGUUUGAUCGGUACGCGCUCAGAACCAGUCUUCUCUAGAGAAGAACUAUUAGAACAGAACGACAAUGGUCCGCAAGAGAAUAGUUAA